CUGAGCCGUAACCGUUAAGCAAGAAACAAAAAGAUGACAACAACGACGGAGAAGAAAGAGAUGAACGUUGUCAAGGGUCUCGACUUGGAGAGAUACAUGGGCCGUUGGUACGAGAUUGCUUCUUUCCCUUCAAGGUUCCAACCCAAGAACGGUGUAGACACUCGCGCCACGUACACCCUUAACCCUGACGGCACGGUGCACGUUUUGAACGAGACGUGGGACGGAGGCAAGAGAGGUUUCAUCCAAGGGUCAGCGUACAAAGCUGAUCCAAAGAGCGAUGAGGCUAAGCUUAAAGUCAAGUUCUUUGUUCCUCCUUUCCUUCCUGUGAUUCCUGUCACGGGGGAUUACUGGGUUUUGUAUGUUGAUCCUGAGUACCAGCAUGCUGUUGUCGGACAGCCUUCAAGGAGUUAUCUCUGGAUACUGAGCAGGACGGCGCAUGUGGAGGAAGAGAGGUACAAGCAGCUGGUGGAGAAGGCGGUGGAGGAAGGGUAUGACGUCAGCAAGCUUCAUAGGACUUCUCAGAGUGACACACCACCUGAGUCCAACGAUGCUCCUGAUGACACCAAGGGUGUUUGGUGGCUCAAAUCUAUCUUCGGCAAAUAGAUUAUUACAUGAACGCAAAAGACUUGUUUCACCUACCUUUAACUUCCUUUGUCUUUGUGAUAAAGUACCCUUUUGUUUACUCUAUAGUGAUCAUCGUUCUGCUUUUGUCCAUUUUCAACAUCUAUU